AUGGACCUAAUUGCACUCGCUACGGAUGAUGAGUUGGUUCACGUUUUUCGGCUAAAUGGUCAAAAGGUAUUCGGAGGAUUUUCGCGAGGCCCCAAUGCCGCGAGUGACGGACUAAAGGUGAACGCUUUGAGAUGGAAAGGAAACGGGCAGCUUCUAGCUGUGGCUACUUCGGAUAAUAAUAUCCGCAUGCUGAGCGCCUAUAGCGGGAAAACAGUGCAUAUCCUGGACUGCAAUCAGAAAACAGGGUAUAAUUCAGAUGAUACCCCACAGGAGGCCUCCAUACCUCCUUCGGGUACGAUUUGCUGUCUAGGUUGGGGGGUGAAUUUAACAGACGAGCAAGCUGCAUCAAAAACUGUGAAGGAAUCUCAGGGAAGAUUGAGCCUUGACGACUUGCUCGCGCCCGAGACACCUUUGUCCAAACUCCCGUAUAUCAAGGCGGACUUGCCUCGUGAGCUUGCUUUAUUGGAUAUUGACCGUUCCUUACCAAAAUUGAGCACUUUACCCUCUACUGGAGAUGACGACGAUAUAUUCAGUACUCGUGCUUCGAUUGAUUCCAUAUUUCACUCCAACAGCAAGAAUUCCGACUCCGUUGAUGUGGUGCUGGCCGGAUUUAAUGACGGAUCCAUUCACUUACGGAUAUUCGAUUCCUUUGAAAUAGGCACCAUCCAAGCAACCAAGCAUCUGGAUGGUUUUACAGAAGCCCGCGUUCUAGCUCAUGCUUCUCAUCCCAUGAGCUCAACCCACUCCUUUUUGUUUGCCACCAAGCUUGAAGAAGAGGAAAAGCUCUGGAUUUUCUCCCUCGAUCUUCUUUUCAUCACGAAAUCCGGAAUAUAUCUUUCCGUUCUUGCAUCAAAGGUCACCCAGUUGCAAAAUUUGAUGCGAUAUAUCAAACAAGUACAGACACAGGUUCUUCUUGAGUGGAAAAAUACGCAAGACUUACCCGGCCGCUAUCUUCGAAAUAUCAAUGAAGACCUUCAAGAAAAAAUGUCGUGCAAUUUUGUUACUGCUGCAUAUCAUCUUGUUGUUACUGGUGAUUGCUACGCGCCACUCAAGGAGUUUUUAGUGGACCAAGUUGGUGAACGGGGUCAUAAACGCUGGGAAAAGGCCGUCAUGAAUGGCUAUGAGACCAUAAGGCGCCUAACUCAUGGAUGUCUCCUUCCAGCUCUAGAGAGAUGUAGUGUUCUACUUGGCCGGCUCAUAGGGUUAUCCAGGUUUUAUAAACUUGGUCCUGUACUUGGGCUCAAUACCAAAAGCCUUAAAGCUUGUCUUGCCACUGUCGAUUGUCUUACACUAUUAGGCCAUAAGGUUAUGGUAAACAGUGGGCGCGAGCUUACCGAGUUUAUUGCCUUUUCCAAGUGGCUGCGGUAUGAAAUCGACCUCCAAACUGCGGGGCACUCAUCUGCAACUGCAGAAGAGUUGAUGGAGAAGGCGGAUACAAUUAACCAUGCACAGACACUUAAUUAUAUCCGUGGACCGAUGACACGCAGUUCACUUCUGGACUAUAUUCAACCUAGGACAGCAGAAUCCCCUGACGGUCGCUGGAAGGCGGCUAAUGACUUGUUUUACGAAAACUACAAAACCCUAUUGCGGCAGUUAGACCCAAAGAGCAUGGACCAGAAAUUGGAUAUUCCUGUUUUAGGUGACCUCACGGGGAGAUUGGAUGUGCAGUUUGAUGAGGUUUUUAAGCGGGUUGGCGAGACGCAGCAAAGGAGUAUUAUCCCAAAAAGAAUCAAGGUGUUAGGCAAAGACUAUAGCACAGAGAUUGUUGAUCUUACUAUGAAUUACGGGGAUUAUGGAGGCAGACUAAUGGCUUCUGUGUACACGGUUUCUCGCUCUAAAACAUGCCCUCAUAGCUUAUAUUUGUGUCGGGUGGUUCUCGCUACUAUCAAUGGGGUCAGCACGACAGAGGUAGUUCUUAAUGCAACAAUUAACCUCGGAAGUGGUAUAAUUCGAGAUGUUAAAUUUGUCCAGGAUGGUACAAUGAUGCUACUCUGGUCCGAUGGGGACACACCAGCUACCAAAUACCUCGUUCACUUUGCAUACCAGCCUGACAAGGACCCAUUGUUCUGCCCAAGAUAUGGAGAAGAUGAGAACGUUGAAAUUACCUAUUUAGACGUCAUGGACCCUUCGUCUUAUCACUUUAGCUUCGUUCGUCAUACUUUCUCUCAUGAAGACAUGGACCCGCUAAGCAUUGAGGUGAAUGGCCGGCAUGGUAGACGGGUUGUCUGUGUUCUAUAUUCAGAUCGACAGUGGUACUCAGUACAUGACAUUGAUAGCGUGGAUGAUCGAGAUGAACCGGGAGAAGAGGAAGAAGAGCCGUUGGGGCAGGGAAACGGUGAAGAAAACCAGCUUGUCAAAUAG